ACUCUGGAGACUAGUACAGUGACUGACUGAGUAGGACAGAAAACAAUGGCUGGUGAGAAAUCAUCAUCGGACUGCUUAUCGGUCACCAAUGUUGAAGGGAAAGGCCGUGGCUUGCUAACUUGCAAGCCCUUAGCUGCUGGACGUGAAAUCUUGAUUGAGAAACCACUCUUUCAUCUUUCGGUCAAGAGCAAUGUCUGUGACUUUUGCUUGAGAGAGGAUGAGAGUUGCAAACGCUGCACAGCAUGCAAGCUUGUCUACUACUGUGGUCGUGGCUGUCAGAAAUCGGCGUGGAAAGUGCACCGGCUUGAAUGCCCAAACUUGCAAAAUGUUCCAGCACCACCGUCCGGUGAACUUCCCCAUCAAAGCUUUCGAUUUGUUGGCCGUGCCCUGCUGGUCGGUGUCAGUGAGGGCAGUACAUGUCUGGACGAAAUGAAAGACAUGGAGGCACAUUUGGAUAAAUACAUGAACAAUGGCAGUGCUGUCAGCAGCUUGCUGUUCAUCAUGACAAAGUACCUUGGUGGUGCUAGCAGUCACUCGUUUGACCAGAGCUUGAUCAUCGCUAUAGCUGCAAAGGUUGCUUGUAACAGCAUGAGUAUUUACAACUCCGAGUUUCAGAAUACUGGCAUAGGCCUAUAUGCACGGUUGUCGAAAAUAAACCACUCCUGCGAUCCGAAUUGCGUUGUCAUGUUUAAUGGGCCGACGGCACAUCUUCGCACUCUCAAAGCUAUUGCUGAAGGUGAAGAGAUAACGAUCAGCUACAUUGAUGUGCUCAAUACCACGGAGAGACGCAGGGACCUGCUUCGAACACAGUUCCACUUCUUCUGCACGUGUCCCGUGUGCGUUCGAAGCUCACAAGGCGAUCAGGAUGCAAGCACCGGGACUGUAGCGCUGCUGGACAUGGCACCUGUCGCUCAGCGAGCCGAUGCCAGCUGCCCGGCGUGCGCUGAUGACUGUGGCUUUCCAACAACAUGGGACACCGGCGAUGCAGCGCGUAAGGCCUUAACUGCAAUCACAAAGCUACUGCAGUGUGCCACUUGUUCGUUGGGCGACAGCUCCCCGGCGCACUGUCGCUUGAAAGACGCGGCCAGCGACUGCUGCGUGGCUUUGAAAAGCUACGGCGACGCGCUGCGUUUCUCGUCGACUACUUUACCCGUGUAUCGCCAGUACUACGGCCGACAGCAUCCCAACGUUGGAGUCCAGCUGAUGCGUGUCGGCAAGCUGUGCCUGUGUGUCAAUGAGGAUGCCAAGGGCAUGGAGUGCUUCAGGGAGGCGCUAACCAUCCUGCAGAUUUCUCAUGGAGACGGCCACCCACUUGUGAAUGAGUGUCUGGAAAACUACUAUGGUCUUGUACAACAGCAGCAGCAGCAGCAACAUUUGUCUAUACGAUAGUCGCAUGCCCGCUGCUGUAACACGAAUAUACCCUAUCCGUCUCAUACAGCUCUGAGAGCCUUGGCGUGGGAUGUUGAUGAAGAGCAGUUCUCAAGCUCUUCUCUCUUCAGUCAUACACAACUGACAUCAUGCUAGAGCAGAACCUUGCUGACUGAGCAACACGAUUACAGUUGUCAUUCAAUUAUGCCCAGUGUGCUACUGGUCCAAGGAGACAACCCAGCAACAACCUAUAGAUUGGAGAUCUGCCCUACCUACCUACUUUGUUGACUUGCAGUAUUUCCAGGUUGGCACCUUGUGGAUGCAGAGUUGCCUCUGACGCACAGCUAUGAUCCGGUGAGAGAUGACGGCUAUGCCAUAUGCCUCCUGAUGAGGCCAGUACAGCACGAGAGUGACUGGAGGCGUUGUUCUGCGAUGCACAUUGUGCAUUGAUCGGAUCGCCAGCAGUACAUAGUAAGAGACAGGGAUGUGUUCUUUCCAGCAGCGGAACCCAUUGGAACCUGUUAGGGUGCUUCCUGCUCAGAGAAAGCUGCUGGAGUUUCUCUCGUUUGCAGGUAGCCUCGUAAGCUGCCUCAACUGGAGCGGUGCGUGGCUUGAUGACGAACAUCAGAGCAUUGCUGUAUGGUGCAACACGGCAAGCAUUUGGCCAUGGCCCGUAUGAAGCCUAGCUCGUCUUUGGCAUUGACCACCAGCACUUCCAGCACUGUUACAUGGACCUGAACGUGCCUAUGGUGCAAAUGCUGUGCUGCUGCUCUACGUGUGUAAGAACGACUGUUGGAAUAGAACACAUGUGCAAUUAUGAACCUGUGGCCCAUGUAUCCCAUGAACCUGUGGCCCAUGUAUCCCAUCUAUGCUGCAUACUACUACUUUUAAAGUAUAAGCUACAUUUGAUGAGCUUGCUUAUAGUGACCUUCGUGACAAGUUCAGCCCAUUUGAAUGGUGCAUGAUUGUGUUGCUUUGGUGCUUGUUGGCGGCACACCAGAAAAAUCCGUUGUCGGCUGUGCCACAGUGAUUGCCGGUAUGUUCUUCUCUAGAUUUAUUUGCCCAUGCACCCCGACCUUCACUUCACUCACCACAAAAUGCGGGGUGUGCAGGCUUUAAAAAAAUGUUUAAUGCUCUUUAUCUUUCCGUGACACUGCAAAGCCUCAAGCAAGGGGUUUCAGUGCUGAAUUCUUUAAGUCUUGGCUUUUCGCGGCAGCAGCAAGCGGCAUCCAAUGCAUGUUCUUCCAUGUGUCACCGCAAUCGAUAAUCUAUUUGCCGUGUACAGUAUGCGGUAGUUUUCGAUGCAUUCAGCGGCCAGCGCUGCAGGGCAGUAUGCAGUCAGUACUGCGUGUGAUCACA